AUGGCGGAAAAGAAUGAACUGGGUGCUACAGAGCACUAUGAUCCCACCAGCCAUGUCGAAGACCAGAAAGUCGGUGCUACGCAUGUCACAGAGACGAAUGCUGCGUCUGUAGCUCUAGCUGCGGCCGUCGAGGCGCAGAAGCCCUCCUUCAAAUCAAAGUCCAUCAUCCAGCUCUGCGCCAUCCUCUCCGUUUCCUACCUCGUCUCCACACUCAAUGGUUUCGAUUCCUCAUUGAUGGGCGCCAUCAACGCCAUGGAAUCCUACCAAACCACCAUGGGCCUCUCCGGCGAAGGCCCCUCCACCGGCAUCGUCUUCAUCGUCUACCAACUGGGCCAAAUCGCCGCGUUCCCCUUCUGCGGGUUCCUCGCUGACGGCUACGGCCGCCGCUUCGCCAUCUUCGUCGGCUGCAUCGUCGUGCUGAUCGGCACCGCCAUCCAGACCACAGCCAACGACCAGGCCCAGUUCAUCGGCGGGCGCUUCGUGCUCGGGCUCGGUGCCAGCAUCGCGAGCGCCGUGGCGCCGGCGUAUGCGGUUGAGCUUGCGCAUCCGGCAUUUAGGGGCACCAUGGCGGGCAUGUACAACAACUUCUGGUGGCUCGGGAACAUCCUGGCGGGGUGGACCACUAAGCAGUACGGCACCAACCGGCACAUGGCCGACUCCUCCUGGUCCUGGCGCCUCCCCACCCUCGUCCAAUGCAUCCUCCCCGGCAUCGUCGCCUGCCUGGUCAUGUUUUUCCCCGAAACCCCGCGCUGGCUGCUCUCCAAGGACCGCCGCGAGGAAGCCAUCGCCAUCAUGUCCAAGUACCACGGCGACGGCGACGCGAAUUCCCCCGUCGUGCAGCUGCAGCUCCGCGAGAUCGAGGAGGACUUUGCGCGGCACCGCAACGAGAACCCGUGGUGGGACAUGCGCGAGCUGGUCAACACGCGGGGCGCGCGGUACCGACUGUUUUUGGUGAUUUGCAUGAGCUUUUUCGGGCAGUGGUCCGGAAACAACGUGGUAUCGUACUUCAUGCCGGCGAUGAUCAAAAACGCCGGCAUCGACGACGUCAACAAGCAGCUCAUCAUCAACGCCAUCAACCCCAUCUUCAGCAUGCUGGCCGCCAUGUACGGCGCGACGCUGCUCGACAAGCUCGGCCGCCGCACCAUGCUGCUGUGGGGCCUCGUCGGCGCGCUGGUGUCGUACGUUUUCCUGACGGCCUUCACCGCCACGGCCAAGCCCGACAACAACCUCGCCUACGGCACCAUCGUCUCCAUCUACCUCUUCGGCAUCUUCUUCGCGUGGGGCUGGACGCCCCUGCAGACCCUCUACGCCGUCGAGUGCUUCGAGAACCGCACGCGCGCCAAGGGCUCCGGCAUCAACUUCCUGUUCCUCAACAUCGCCAUCAUGGUGAACACGUUCGGCAUCAGCGUCGGCAUCGCCAAGAUCCAGUGGAAGCUGUAUCUGGUGUACAUUGCCUGGAUCGUGGUCGAGAUGGUGGUGAUUUACUUCUUCUUUGUCGAGACGGCGGGGAAGACGCUCGAGGAGCUCAAGUACAUCUUUGACAGCAAGAAUCCGCGCAAGGAGAGCGUGAAGAAAGUGAGGGUUGCGGUGGAUGAGAGCGGCCAUGUGCUUGGCGUUGGGGACGAGGUCAAGGUUUGA